AUGACCGUGGCGAAGAUCACCUCCGCAGAGGUUUGUUUCUGUGUUUAACGCUGCCCGUCGUGGUAAAAGAAUUGAGAAACCCUACUGUUUAAAAGGCACCUAUGGAUUAAUCUUAGCCUACUGUUCUAUUCGCCUCGCGCCUGUUCUCCAAUCGUCAAAUGCGCUUCAUUACUAUUAAGGUCCCUACCGCCACACGUAUCCCUCCAUCUUUAACGUUACUUCGAAGCCCGCUACGAUACCCCUAGCACAAGAAUAAAGCAAUGGUGUCUGCUGCCAUAAUGUCCACUCCUAUCCAUAUGUCUCUAACUUCUGCUUGACUUUACUGUUUCUUCUAGGAGUUCAAGGAAAAAAUAGCCACUGGUGCGCUGCUUGUCGAUUUUUACGCAACAUGGUGUGGGCCAUGCAAGUUACUCGCCCCAAAGCUGGAUAAACUUGCCGGAGAUACGAAGGAUGUUGUGUUUCUGAAGGUGGAUGUGGAUGAGUGUGAGGUACCUACAAGUUAAACAGUUGUUUUCCUAUAUGGGAGUUUCGGAUACUGCUAUUUGUCCUUUAUUCAUGUCAGGCCGAAUGCCGAUGUACAUUACCUAAAGGGCACGACAACGAGUAGGUGCCCUGCUGGUGCCUCACUAUUGAGGUAGUGAUUAACAAAUGGAGGCCUUCGUCCCGUUUCAUUUCAGUCAUAAAUGAGCCACAAUUUGCUCCUGUUAAUUCUCUUUGUCCUCCACAGAAUGUCAGUGACCUCAGGCCAGGCUAGAUUUGUCUUCGAAUUGUUCGUAGCAAAUUUUUAUGGCGAUUUUGCCUUCCUGAUCAUGUCCUACAUGCGUCCUUGUCGUCUAACAGGGGUCCUUUGUGUUUUAGGAACUGGCUCAAUCUUACGAAAUCACGGCGAUGCCCACCAUCAUAGGAUUUAAAAAUGGCACAGUCUUAGACAAAGUCGUUGGCGCUAAUGAAGAGAAGAUUAAGGAACUCUUGAAAAAAUUGACUGAAUAA